AUGGCCGACCGCGAGGGCGAGUGCGCGGCCGGGGCCGCGACGACGUUCGGCGUCGAGGCGCUCGACGGCGCGGCGCCGCCGACGGAGGCCUGGGUCGAGAGCGGCCACCACGAGCGGCUCUGCGAGCCCGUGCGCGCCGAGGACCACGCGGGCACGCACUGGCACUUCACGAUCACGCCCGGCGGCGACGAGGUGCCGAGGUAUCUGGUCGUCUGCAGCGACGAGGACCACAUCGCGCGCUUCGCGCUGUUCCCCGGGGCGGCGCCGGCCCGCGGGGGCAUCCUGGCGCCGCUCUACGUCGCCGGCGGCGACCACGCGGGCUUCCUGGAGCUCAAGCUCCACGACGACCUCGGGGACUUGGAGCUCUGGCUCACGGAUCUCAAGGGCGGGCCUCUGGACGUGCCCCACUCCGCGUUCGUGGCCCUCAAGUGCGCGUCCCUGGGCCGGGCCGUCAAGCUCGGCAUCCGGAACCUCGACUCGAACGAGGACGAGGACGGCGUGCCCAACAUGCGCGACGGCGAGACGAACUACUUCAUCUUCCCCGCGGUGCCGGGCACGGACGCGUCCUGGCUCAAGGGCACCGAGUGGCGCGCGGCCGUCGAGGUGCGCAUCUCCGCCGGCGACGGCGCGUCCCUCGAGGCGAAGCCCUUCAUCCUCGUGCCCCACUCCGUCCUGUCCGCAGCGAUGGGCUGGCGGCGGUGCCUCGGCCUCGUCCUCGCCGUGCUCGAGCGGCGCGGCGAAGGGCUGACCGUGUCCUCCGACGGCGAGCUCGCCGCCGCGCUCGCGAACUGCAGCAACGCCACGCUCGACGGCGCGUCCUUCGCGCUCGCGGAGACGGCGGUGCUGCGCGGCGCGAACUGCCGCGUCGUCGUCGACGGGUCCGCGGCCGCCGCGGCCUUUGGCGCGCGGCCGACGCUCCGGGCGGCCGCCGGCGGCCGCGUCCUCGACGUCCGGGGCGCCGCGCUCGUGCUGAAAUCCGUCGCGCUCGCGGGCUGCGACGCGGCGAGCGACGACGGCGCCUGCGUCGCGGCCUCCGCGGGGACCGUCCGCCUCGACGACUGCGCCGGCGCCGGCGGCGCCGUCGCCCGCGUCGCGGACGGCGCGGCGCUCGUCGCCGUCGGCGGCUCCUACGCGGGCGGCGGCUACGCCUUCGCGGCCCAUGGGGCGUCCGCGACCGUCGACGGCGGCGCCUACGCCGGCGGCGGCGUCCUGCGGCUCGAGGGCGGCGCGGCCGCGGCCGUCGUCGGAGGGACUUUCGCGAACGGCACGACGGCCGUCGACGCGGCGGACUCGAACGUCACGGUCCGCGGCGGCGCCUUCUCCGGCUUCGCCGGGCCGGUCCUGCGCGCGCGGGGAGGCAGCGCCGUCGUCGUCCUCGGCGGGUCCUACGACGGCCCGUCGUCCGACGGCUUCGCCGUCGCGGGCCGCGGCGGCGCCGUGGACGUCGCCGGCGGCACCUUCCGCUUCGCGUCGCGGGAGGCCGGCGCCGCGCUCGUCAACGGCAGCGGCGCCGUCGCCGUGUCCGGCGCGUUUCUACGGGUCGGCGACCGCUGGUGCGCCGUGCUCGCGGCCGGCGCGGAGGGCGCGUUCGCCGUCGGCGGUUUCGCGGGGCCGCUCGCGCGGACCUACGCGAGCGCGGGAGCCUACGCCGCCGCCGCGGCCUGCCUCGCCGAGGCGACGUGCUACGAGAUCACCGCGACGGGCGCGGCCGCGGGCUGGACCUUCGCCGGCCGCGACUACGCGGGCGACGGCGUCGUGCCCUUCUCGCUCGGCGCCGACCUGUGCGCCGACGGCGCGCCCGCGGCGUCCAACGCGACGUGCCCGCGGAGCUCCCGGAGCGGCGGCGACGCGGGCCGCGACCUCGACCUGCUCCUCGCCUACAGCGUCGUCGUCCUCGCGAUCAUCGGCGCCGUGGCUCUCAGCGUGACCGGCUGCUACGUCGCGCGGCGCUCCGCGGACGACGUCGAGAAGCCGCGCCAGGUCGCGCCCGGCGACUCGAGCCCGCUCCCGGGCCGCCAGACCGUCGCCGCGCCCCUCGUCGCGACCGCGCCGACGGACCUCGCGGCCGUCUCCGCGCGGACGGCGCUCGACCUCGCCGCCAUCACGCUGCCCGCGGGCGACGCCGUCGUCGUCGUCGCCGUCGCCGCCGGGGCGCCGGGCGCGCGCCAGACCCUGAGCGUGAACUUCGUGCCCCCCGCGCGGCACCGGGCCGCGGCGCCCGCGGUCGCGGCGCUGCGCGCCGCGCGCGACAACCUCGCGGACGCCGCGGCGCCCGCGAGCGAGCAGGCGGACCUGAGGGCGCUUCUGACGCAUGUGCUGGUGCCCUUCCUCGGCGCCUACGCGGCCUGCGCGGCCAACGAGAAGACGCUCGUGAUUCUUCAGCGCGCGCGCGCCGCGAAGACGCGCGCGCUGCUCCGGUGCUACGAGCGCGGCGCGGCGGCCGUCGCCGCGGAGGGCGUCGGGCCCGUCGCGGCGGUCUGCGCGGGCCUGCCCGCCGCGCCGCCGCCGGCGCAGCCCAGCGGCGACGCGCCCGCGCUCUACGCGGCCGCGGCCAGGGCCCGCGACGCGCUCGGCGCGGUCGCGAAAGCCGUCGCGGCGGACGCGGGCGGCGAGGCGACGGCGCCGGCGCUCAAGUGCAUCUUCCGCGCCUGCGAGAAGGCGGCGCUCGGCGGCCGCACGCUCGCCGACGUCACGGACGUCCUCCGCGCGCGCGUCGCGUGCCCGACGGCCGCGGCCGUCGCGGCCGCGGUCCGCGCGGCCGCGGCCCGGGCGACGGUGCUGCGCUGCGUCGACGGCUUCGCGGCCCUGGCCGCGGCGCCCUGGUCGUCCGUCGUCUGCCUGGAACUCCAGCUCGACGGCGUCGUCGCCGAGCUCGCGGUGGCGCACGCCGCGCUCGACGCCGUCGACCCCUGUGUCGACCCGCCGCGCGACGACGUCCUAUCGCUCCGCGCCGCGAGCGCCAUCCUCGAGCUCCACGGCAAGGGCGACGACCGCCCGCGCGAGGAGACCAAGGACGACGGGCCCCCGGCGACCGAGGCCCGCGCCGCGGCGCCCGUCGCCGCGCCCGCGCCGCCGGACCGCGCCGCGGCGCCGCCGGCCGCGGCGCCGCCGGAGCCCGAGCCCGCGCGGCGCGGCUCGGGCAAGAACCGCCUCCCGCCCCUCGACCGCGCGCCGGCGGCCGAGUGA